UAUUUUACAGGAGACGAAAGUGGUUUGAUCAAAAUAUUUUAUUAGGUAUUGUGUUUUUACCACCACGGGUUGAAGACAAAUCAAAGAAAAGAUCUCAUCCUGAUGAAGUAAAACAAGAAAAAGGCAAAAAGAAACAAGAAGAAGAAGAACCUUUACAUCAAGUUUCUAUUUUUGGUCAACUCGAUAAACAAGCUGCUAUACAAAAAAUGGUUUGGGCUAAUAUUAAUGGAGAACGAAUGAUUGUUGUAGCAAGACGAAAUGGUAUCAUUGACAUUAUUCAUCCUGAUACUGGUGCCAUUCAAAAAUCUUUUCAAGAUAUAGAAAUUCAACAAGCUAAAACAGAUAAACCAAAACCUAAUCAAGUACGAUUCAUUGGAUUAGAAACAACAGAUACUCACUUGAUGACAUGUAACUCAAAUGGAACUUUGACUUGGACGGAAUGGACUGCUUCUACUUUGAAUAUAAUAGCUCAUUUGGAUAAGAGUAGUACCACUGGAGGAUCAACUAUUGCUGGACCUGGAACUGAUCUCACUAUUGUACGCGCUCAUCCUAUUCAUCGCCAUUUGAUUGCCAUUGGUGGAAAGGAUAUUGAUGUUCAAAUUUAUGACAUUAAUAAAUUUUUAAAAAAAUCAUCAAAAGAAACAACAAAAGUAACCACUCAUCCUCGACAAAAUAAAAAGGAAACUAAACUUGGUUUGAUCUAUCAAGCAAAAAAUAUCAAGAAUGAUCAUUUAGAUUUACCACAACCUGUAUGGAUUCGUGAUUUACAAUUUAUGAAUGAAGAAGGAACUCAAGUAGCAGUGGCAACUCAUUAUCAUCAGAUCCGAUUAUAUGAUUUCAAAAAAGCACGUCGACCUGUAUUGAAUGUUGACGUUGGUAAACUUCCAUUAGCUACAUUGUCAGUGGGUAUAGAUUAUGAUCAUGUGAUAUUUACUGAUACUAUGACAGAUGUUGGUAUGAUGAAUAUCAGAAAUGGGAAAGUCAUGGCUCAAUUGAAAGGAUUUUCGGGUGCAACAAGAGCCACCCAAAUCAUCCCCGCAGCCAGUUUCAACGAAUCAUCAUCGAUGAAUAAUCAAACAGGCAAUGGAUUUAGUUUGGUCAGUGCAGGAUUGGAUCGAACUUUACGUAUACAUGAAAUGAAUACAAAAUAUCGAAAAUUAGAAAAAAAAGCUUAUUUGAAACAACAAUUGAAUUGUGUAUUGGUGGAUACUGAAUUUAUUGUCCCUACUCCUGAACUUGAUCUUGAACAACAAGAAGAAGAAGAACUAUGGAAUACAUUGGAUACUGUACAAGAUGAUAAAAGGAAGAAAACUCGUUUGGCUUGAAAAUGAUCUUUUUACUUAGUUUAUGGUUAGUGACUUUUUUUUUUGGUAGUUUGUUUCCAUUAGCAAUUCAUGUAUAUAUAUUCAUCAUCAUCAUCAUCAAUAAAAAAUAAAAAAAAAAAA